AUGAGUCGUAAAAGAAACCGGAGUUUUGCUGAAACCAGACUGUCCUCGGACCUCCACGGCACCUUCAUGGAACUUUCUAGGUCGGUGAGUCGAGCCGACGACGAUUUCUUCGGGCUGGAAGACGACGAGGAGCUGCUGUGCUCGGUGAGCGACAUCACCGAGCACCUGGGCAGGAACAUCACCGUGGUGCUGGAGACCGCGCUGUCCGAGAUCCGCAAGAUGGUCAGCAUCCGCAUACGGGUGCUGAAGAUGGAGCUGAGGGAGAAAACCGAGGAGAUAGAGGCGCUAACGGCCCGGUUAGACGCGGUCCAGAGGGGCGGCGGGGAGCCGGCAGCGGAGGCGGCUUUCAAGAAGCACGACCCCGGUUCCGGGUCCAGGCACAGCGACGCCGAGCCCCGCCGGGCCAGGGCCGCCUUUCCCGGGGUGAAGAAGGAGAACAUAGACGCCAUCUGCCACUAUCUUAUGAAGGACAAGAAUCUGAAAGGCUGCGCGGAAACGGACGGGGAGCAGGAGAGGGAUGCUCCUCAUGAGCCGGACCCGCAGCCCCUCAGCCUGUGGCCGGACGGCGGGGAUCCUUCAGGGGAAAAGCUUUAUGAGGCAGUAGCAGUGAGAGGAGGAAAAGCCUCCCCUCUGUUUGUCCACUGCCUGUCCAUGUGUGCCCGGACAGGGCCGCUGGUGGGCUCAGAGGGCCGGGUCUUUACCAAAUUAACUGUCAACUCAUCCUCUCCCCCCUCUCACCCACCCGCAGCCCUGAGGGAGGCCGGGGGCCAGCCCCUGAAGGGAGACCAGAGGGAGGAGGAGUCGGUCAGGAGCGACGGGAGCGGACUGGAGCAGAUCCAGGCCUCGCUCUCCCGGGCCCAGACCUCCCAGACCUCCCAGUUCUCCCCACAGCCCCAGAGUCCUGCAGAGGAGGGCGGCGCAGACACAGCCCAGGCAGGGCAACCCUUUGGCGGCCCCCCCUACAUCUGCUCCCUGUGUGGAACCUUCUGCCCCGACUCUGCCUUCCUGCAGGAGCACGUCAAGCUGAUCCACCCGGACCCCGGUGCUGGCCCCGCCCUGAAGGCCCAGCCCUCCAGCUCCUCCGACGGGGCCCCCGGGGGGGCGGGGGGGGAGCCGGGCCAGGAGGCCCCGGGCGGGGGGCCCGACAAACGAGAGAUCAAGACCGAGGGGGGGUACAAGUGCGGGGACUGCGGGCGCCACUUCAACUACCUGGGCAACCUGCGGCAGCACCAGCGCAUCCACACGGGCGAGAAGCCCUUCGCCUGCCCCGAGUGCGGCGAGCGCUUCCGCCACGCCGCCCGCCUCAAGAGCCACCGGCUGGUGCACAGCGGCGCGCAGAGCCCCUUCCCCUGCCCGCAGUGCGGCAAGGGCUUCUCCGUGCUGUCCGGACUCAAGCGCCACCAGCGCGUGCACACCGGCGAGAGCCCCUACGCCUGCCCCCAGUGCGGCCGCCGCUUCAAGGAGCUGGGCAACCUCUACACGCACCAGAGGAUCCACAGCGGGGCCACGCCCUACUGCUGCCAGCACUGCGGCCGCAGCUUCCGCCACCUGGGCACCUACAAGAGCCACCGCUGCAACCCGGCCCAGUGA